UUACCAUUACAAAUACGUCACCGUAUUUGUGACGUUUCCACGCGAUUUUCAUUCGGAAGAAGCAACAAGCGAACCCAACGAGGUUGUCUUUCGAUUCCUUGGUGCGAAUCUUCUGUUAUUCCAAGGUGAAUCAACGCCACCGGACCAAUCUCCGGCGACAUCACACCGAUCUCCGGUGAAUCCUCGGGCCCCAUUUCCAUCACUGCAAAUGAAUCCUGAAUAUGAUUAUCUGUUCAAGCUCCUUCUUAUUGGAGACUCUGGUGUUGGCAAAUCCUGUCUUCUGCUGAGAUUUGCUGAUGAUUCUUACAUUGACAGCUACAUAAGCACCAUUGGAGUUGAUUUUAAAAUACGUACUGUUGAACAGGAUGGAAAGACCAUUAAACUCCAGAUUUGGGACACGGCCGGGCAAGAACGAUUUAGGACAAUCACCAGCAGCUACUACCGUGGGGCACAUGGGAUCAUUAUUGUUUAUGAUGUGACUGAUGAAGAGAGCUUCAAUAAUGUGAAGCAGUGGCUCAGCGAAAUUGACCGCUAUGCAAGUGAUAAUGUUAACAAACUUUUGGUUGGCAACAAGUGUGAUCUGACAGCAAAUAGAGCUGUGUCAUAUGAAACAGCUAAAGCAUUUGCAGAUGAAAUAGGCAUACCUUUUAUGGAAACAAGUGCAAAAGAUGCUACAAAUGUCGAACAGGCUUUCAUGGCAAUGGCUGCUUCCAUCAAGAAUAGAAUGGCAAGCCAACCUGCAAACAAUGCAAGGCCUCCAACAGUGCAGAUCAGGGGACAGCCAGUUGGUCAGAAAGGGGGGUGCUGCUCUUCCUAACCACAAGUUAUUCUGAAUCUCUGAUCCAUUUCUUUUUCUCUGUUUCUCACCUAUUUCAUGUAAGUUUUUUUUUUAUUAUUAUUUCACUAAAUAGUGGACCAAUGUCAGAAUUUAUCUGGUGGUUUGGAACUGACCUUAGAUGAUCCCAUUCUUUGAAUAUACUUAAUGAUAUGGCUUGUGCAAAGUAUAUUACUCAUCAGUGCUAAAUAUAUAUAUUCAUGCUCUUAUCUUU